AUGCCAAGCAUGGAUGAACCCCUUCUUGGCAAUGGUGUUCUUAAGACCAGCGGGGUGAGAGAGAGCCUGGUAGUGUCCGAGGUCAGAAAACAGCUGUACCUUGCUGGGCCACUCAUCGCCGCAUGGAUCCUACAGAACAUUGUCCAGAUGAUAUCUGUCAUGUUUGUCGGUCACCUUGGUGAGCUUGCCCUCUCUAGUGCCUCCAUCGCCACCUCCUUUGCAGGCGUUACUGGCUUCAGCUUAUUGUCUGGCAUGGCGAGCAGCUUGGACACACUGUGUGGGCAAUCGUUUGGGGCAAAGCAGUACUAUCUUCUUGGCAUCCACAAGCAGAGGGCCAUCCUUGUGCUCACUCUAGUGAGCCUUGUUGUUGCAAUUAUCUGGUCAUACACUGGCCAGAUCCUUCUACUCUUUGGUCAGGAUCCAGAGAUUGCAGCUGGGGCAGGGAGCUAUAUCCGGUGGAUGAUUCCCGCGCUAUUUGUGUAUGGUCCACUACAGUGCCAUGUCCGGUUCCUGCAAACGCAGAACAUCGUCCUCCCGGUGAUGCUGAGCUCAGGUGCCACAGCACUGAACCAUCUGCUGGUGUGCUGGCUGCUGGUGUACAAGAUUGGUAUGGGCAACAAGGGUGCUGCCUUGGCCAAUUCCAUCUCAUACUUAACCAAUGUCUCAAUCCUGGCAAUUUACGUCAGGCUUGCACCAGCCUGUAGAAACACCUGGAGAGGGUUCUCAAAGGAGGCUUUUAAUGACAUACCCAGCUUCUUGAGGCUUGGUGUUCCAUCUGCGCUGAUGGUUUGCUUGGAGUGGUGGUCAUUUGAGCUCCUGGUACUUCUUUCUGGACUUCUCCCAAAUCCAAAGCUUGAGACAUCAGUUUUGUCUAUUUGCUUAAACACAGGCUCUUUAGCGUUUAUGAUCCCUUUUGGGCUUAGCGCAGCCAUAAGCACCCGUGUUUCAAAUGAACUUGGUGCUGGACGACCCCAUGCUGCCCAUCUGGCUACCCGUGUGGUCAUGGUGCUGGCUAUCGUGGUUGGCAUAUUAAUUGGACUAGCUAUGAUUUUGGUGCGCAAUUUAUGGGGAUAUGCAUACAGUAAUGAGGAGGAGGUGGUGAAAUACAUCUCCAAAAUGAUGCCAAUACUAGCUGUGUCAUUCUUGUUUGAUUGUGUGCAGUGUGUUCUUUCAGGUGUUGCUAGGGGCUGUGGGUGGCAAAAGAUUGGUGCUUGUGUAAAUCUUGGUGCAUACUACCUUAUAGGAAUUCCAGCUGCCUUCUGUUUCGCCUUUCUGUACCAUCUAGGCGGAAUGGGACUUUGGCUGGGAAUAAUCUGCGCACUCGUCAUACAGAUGUUAUUGCUCCUCACAAUUACUUUGUGCAGCAACUGGGAGAAAGAAGCUUUGAAGGCAAAGGACAGAGUAUUUAGUACAUCCCUACCAGCUGACAUGAUGACAUGA